AUGAUGCGCAUUAGUCCUUACAAGGAAGACACCAUCAUAGACAAUAUCGAGCUCAAAAGAUUGAACGUGUUACCGAGCAAUAAGUGAGUUUGCAGCUUUGAAAAUCUGAUAAAUACUUCAAACGGUACAUUUUCAGAAAUGACCUUCCCUCCGAAUCGCGUUCUGUUUUGAUGAUAUAUUUGAAAAGAGCAGGUUUGUUCGAUUUUAGCUUUUUUUGUUGUUGAUAACAAUGAAAUUCAUUCAGCAAUGUUACCUAUCGACGAUGAAUUGAAAAAGCUGGAAACUCUUCACGGCUGCAAGAUCAAGUUCAAAGUCCCGAUGAGAAAUCCCAAAAAAGCCAUUAUUUUUGAAAUCAAGGGCAAUCAUGUAAGUUCAUUUUUCUUUUGAUAGGAAGUUAGAAAAAAAUCGAUUCAAGGCUAUCCUUCGAUAUGCUCAACACGAUCUGGUGGUUAUGCUCAAAACGCAACUUCAAGCCCAACAUCUCCAAUAUCGAGUGAGUUUCUUUCUUUUUUGAUCAUCGAUAAAUUUGCAAAAGUUUUCUUGAUCAAAGUUUUUCAGUUCGCGACUGAUUACAACGUUCCUGAACUGUUUGCUCUGUAUUAUCUGCUGUAUCCUCAGGAAUCGUCGGAAGAUUAUUUUGCAAGCCCCGCCGAUUUGUUGAAAGCUAGGUGAGGACAAUAAAUUUGCAGUUUUUUCAUCAUUUCUCCAAUGAAGUAUAUAGUCCAUGUUUCACACCUUGACAUGACGAGAUUUUGCAUUUUUGGGCGCCAAAACAAGCUUUUGGUCUUUUUUCUUCUUAUUUCGCCUCGCCCGACUUUGAGCGGCUUCAGCGCAAAGGCUAGGGGAUCCUUCAGCUGCCUGGUGGGACAUGACGAGAAAUAUCCGCGCGCGAAGUAGCGCUAGCGCAUGGAAAUACGAAGUCGCCUCCGACCGUUUCGUGCCCAGAUUGAAAGCCGCAGCCAAGCGGUUUAAGCUAAAAAAAAACAUUCUUUCUCAAAUGAGAAUAAAAUUCAGUUGGAAGAGGUAAAACUUGAACCCGAUUAUAGCAAAAGAUCUAAGAUUUUUUGAGUCAGCGAGUUGAAAAUUGGGAAUGCGAAGCUUUAAAGAAUUAUGAGAACUCCUUUUAUCACCCAAAAAAUAACUUAUAAAAAUAAUUCCAAGUUUCAGUGCCCCGCCGAGCCUUCCUCCUAAGCAUCCGCUUGCUGCCGCUUGCACCUGUGUGGAAAGAUCUGUGCAAAGAAUGCUCCAAAUUCCUGUAGCAGCUCCGUUUUGUCAGUGUCCAUGCACACGUUGUGAGAAGUAAGCUCCUUCUUAUUUCCAUUUCUGGGAUUCAGUAAGGUCUGAUUUUGUAAUCCAAUGAAAGUCACGGAAAAGGAACAACAACCUCUUUUUCAGAUCUCAAGACAGUCACAAACACGAAUCCGAAUCGAUUUUAAAGGCUUCUGAAGGACAAUCUGUACCAGCGCCCAGAUUAUUUUCGUAAGAUUUGAUGGGAUCUUAACAAUAUAUAUUAAAUUUGAGAAAAAAAAAAAUCACUUUCUUAUAUCGAAAAAGAUAUUCUUUUAUUAUUUUUUUAGUGAAGCGGCCUCCGACCGCCUUCCCGCUUGCUCUUGUCGUCAGAACUGGAUCAGAAAAAUCAGCGGCGCAACUUCUGAAGUCGAAAAGUGUCCAUGCCCCUGUGUUCGUUGCCAGUCUCCUCAUGAGUAAGUUUUCAAUUACCCAUGAAACAUAUUUGCCCACUUUUCCAAGAAUCAACUCUGCUGUACUGGCUGGUAAACCUUGCCAUGUGUAUUCAUAAAAAAGUAGUCUUUUGGAAAUAUCUUCUUGAUUUCAGUGUUCUCUUGCGCAGCAAGUAUUCUACGGAUCAAUUCAUCUGCCCCUGCCCCGAUUGCAAGUACAUCAGAGCCUUCAAAGAGAUUUCCGACCGUUUGGAGAGAAGGGCUUUGUAAGUUUUUCAUUGUUUUCGAAAAAUGAUGAAUAGAAUCUGUCGAGAAAUCGGCAAGCAAGGUUUUUUUUUUCAAUAUCAUACGAGUACAUAUCAUACAGCCGAUUCACGGCUGGCUCUGAGGGGCGUGGCCUGUCUGAGCUCUCCACCAGUUAGACACACAUCUCUUUUUCUUCGUGUCAGGACCCUUUACCAUAUAACAAGCCAGCCUUGGAUCAGCUACAUUUCAAAAAUCGAUUUCAGAGACAUCAAGGCUAAAUCAGAUUCAUCUUGA